ACCAUGAUUUGGGUAUAAUAAGGAGCCCACGCGAUGAGCCAAUCAGUGGUCAAUAAAAAUGUGAUUAGUAAUGUCACAAAAUAAAAUUUUUGAGACACAUAAGGGGACUGUUAAUUUUUAAAUAGAGUUAAAUUGCUACUUCGUUAUGAACGUAAAUUUGUAAUUAAACACAAUUACGACACUCACGACUACUGGUCGGAUUUUUAAUGGAAGAAAAUUGAUACUCGUAUCGUACCGAAAUCGGUUGAUAUGAUUGGACAAGCUUCAUCUUUUGGUUGUUACUCGAAAAAGCAGAAUUGAACUAUUAUGUUAGCUAACAUGUGUUCUACUUUGACCCUUAAAACACGUGAAUUUUUGUGCUUAUUCUUUCCGCUAUGUAUAGAGGCAGUAACAAAUUUGGAUUGCUGGAGAAUUUGCAAGUAAGGUUUAUAAGACCAGCCAAGAUAGGGGCGUGAAACAAAAUUUAAAGAUUUUAUUAGAGAAAUAUGUGAGGCCCUUCAUGCCCGCAUACUAACUCAUCAAAAAUCGCGGUUUUCGUUACAUGCCCCGAGUUCCCCUAUGACCUCAUACGAGGGUUGCAGGCGGUGGAACCCCACUCGGGCUACUUAAGGUCAGUCCUUUUUUAUUUCAGGGUCAUUUUCAUUAACUCAAGUUAUAAAUAUUGUGGCAUAAUUUAUUGGCCACCAUAUGAUUAUAUGAAUAGUAAAACGCAGAAUUCAACUUUUGUGAAAAAUUUUGAUGACGUCAUAUGCCAUAAACGCGUUUUACCCGCAGUUUUUUCAAGCGGUUUUCCGCACCAUAAAAGGGUCUUUAAUUUCGCGGGAAGUAGCAUAAAAGAAAGUCUUGGCAUGAAGUGACUUUCGUAUACUCCGUAUCAAAUUGAAAUAUUUACCUCCCGCGAAGAUAUGAUGUUGUCAAUUUCAAAAAAUAGCUUUAGAUUUACUAGAAUGUGCGUUUUCGACAUUUUGGCGAUGUUUAUAAACUUACAACAGGAUUAUCCUGUAAAUAGACCACGUAAGACGCACUUUUACACCCUUUGUCGCAAAAAUUGUAGUUGUUCAAUGACGCAGAAAACCGCUUGAAAGAAAGAGCGGGAAAAGCGCGUUUUUAGCAUAUGACGUUAUCGAAAUUUUUCACAAAAGUUGAAUUCUGCGUUUUACUAUUCAUAUAAUGAUAUGGUGGCCAAUAAAUUAUACCAGAUUCUUUAUAACUUGAGAUAUUGAAAAUGACCUUCAAAUAAAAAAGGACUGGCCUUAAGUAGCCAAAGCAUGCCGUGUUUUCACGUGGUAGGAAGGUGUUGGUAAGUGCUUGAAAUAAAAGGGAAGAGGAAUAGCUAUUCUUUCAACAGUAACACCCCCGUCCCUAGGGUUUGUUGCCUGGUGUCAAAGGCGCUGGGGCUUACGUGAAGACUAACAGUCCACGGUCUCAAUAUCAAAAAGGUGAGAACCCCUAGGGACGAAAAUAGUUAAGUAACUCCAUGCAAGGUAUCCGUUAACGAAAAAAGAUUUGAAUACUUAGGUAUAAAAGGCUUAAGUAAGAGCACCAUUUGACAGUGUUUUCUAUUGUGUAAGAAGAACGAAAAGUAAAGUAUUCACCCAUAUUUUGGAAAACUUUGGUCUAGCUCAAAGAAAUGGCGUACUUUCGAUAACGCAAAACAAGACAAACAACGCUGCACAGCAUGAGCUAAACAUAGAUGCCUAUAGUGUAAAAUAACCCUUUCUUUUAGUGGGAUACGGCCACAAUGAAGAUUCCAUCAACGUUCGAUGGCGCAUGCGCAGGUGAAAAAUGCAAACAGUGCAUCAAAGCGUGCAACUAUCCACAACCGUUUGAUCUUCGUCAAUGUCAAUGCGAUUGCGGGACAAGCGAUGAGUGCUUCUUUGGCUGCUUGUUUUACGCCCAGUUGACGGGCGCAUCAGACCAAGAAUUUAUCACGCUGCAACCGAGAAACCGUCCAAAUGCAUCGCAAAGUCUGAUAACAGUUGGGGCGAAAACAAAAGCUGACGUCCAGUUAAGCUGGCCCAACGUAGUAACAAGUGCUGGCCUAUUUACAGUUGGAAGUGUCUACGCGAUUUCACUGGAUGUGGAUUAUGUAGGGCAUCGUGAGCAGGUUUACGGACUGACAACAAAGAAAACCUUCACUCUAAGUUUAUCUGAUAUAUGUUCAACAUUCGGUUUAUACGGAAGAUUCGAAAGAAUCACAAGAAUUACAUUCAGUGUUUAUCCGAUCAAUUUUAAUGGAUGGAUUGAAGCUAGCAGAAUAGAGAGUACAGAAAUACUACCGCAAUCUAUUUCUCCAGUUCAAAACGUCAUUAUUGAAACACCCCCUGCAGUUGUAAAGAACUUUCAAGGAUUUCCUGUAUUGACAUACACUGUCAAAUGGACACCUCCUUCAGAUCCAGAUACCUUAGCUGUCCUUAACAAAAAAGUCAAAGUGUCUUAUGAUAUUCUGAAUUGCACUUCACAAAUUAACUACCAAGCAAUUGUUCGACUUUUGAACAUAGGAGAACAAUUAGUUGAUCUUGUAAGUAUUAUUAUGUUGCCAUGAUGAAUCUUACUCGUCUUUUCAUACUAUAAUAACUGAAUUAUAUUUUUAAAGAAGAAGAAACACAAAACUCCGUGGAAAUGCAUUGUUAUAUCUUAGACGAGAAACGCAUUUCUUCUUCAAAAUUCAACAUCAUUUUCACGGAUAGAAUAUUUUGUUUAGAACAACUCAACGACGAUACAAAUUUAUAAUACAGAAAUAGGUGACAGAUUGAGAGGUUGCACCAUUGUUGUGAAUGUAAGUUUGCUUUCGAUCUUAUUUCUCUCUUUUUUUCUUUUUUUCUUUUUUUCUUGUUCU